GUAUUGACUAUAACCAUACCGUACAGGUAAUACGAUUUUCAGUUGUAGAUUUACCUGAGGUGACGUCGAGAGUGAAUUAAACUUCAUUAAUUUAAUAUAAACCUAACCGGAGGAUUUCCAGUGACUUUUUUUUAGUGACAGUUUAUUAAACCUGCAAUAAUGACUUUGGGAUGUGGUGCGUCAAUUGCCAAAGUUAUAUUGAUUAUAGUGAAUACUAUUUUCCUGAUCCUUGGUUUGGGUAUAGGAAUCGCUGGUCUCGUGUUCCGGUUCGGAACGGAUCUGUUAGGAGACGAGAUAAAAGAUGCCAUGAAAAGUCUGAAUGUUGAUGUAGUCGGUGGGAUAAAUGUUUAUGAUAUCGCCAGUUCUCUUUCGUUGUUACUUAUCAUUGUUGGUUUCUUCAUCUUCCUCGUUGGUGGCCUCGGAUGUUGUGGGGCUUGCUGUCAGAACAGAGUUCUCUUAGUAGUGUACGCUAUAAUUGUGGCCAUUUUGCUGAUUGCUCAGAUUGUUGGUGUAGCAAUGUUUGCUGGAUUUAGAUCUUCAUUUGAUGAUACAUUCAAAACAGAAUUUAAGAAGGUACUGACUACCAGGUAUAACCAGACUGGAAAUGAAGAUUUAACCAAUUCCUACGAUGCACUUUUCAAACUCUAUAAAUGUUGUGGUGUAGACUCUGCUAACGAUAUGCCAAGUCAAAGUUUGCCGUCGGAGUGCUGUACAGCAACUGACCCACCAAGUUCAUGCACCAACACUUCUUCUACAGUUCAUGAGGGAUGUUAUACAAAGCUGAAAGAUCAAAUAGACCAGUACAACAGCGUAUUUAUUGGUGUUGGAGUGUCUGUGUUGAUUUUCCAAUUGUUAUGUGUACUAUUUUCCUUCUGUUUGUGUGUGGCGAUUGGAAGAGAAGAAUAGAACUUGUCAAAUAUCCAGAACAAACAAUCAAUCAAAUAUAUAGACGAAAUAUAUAUAGAUGUUAAAUAUAAGGGGUAAAAGGAAUCGUCCAAUGAGAAUGGGGGAAUAAAGAGAAGAACAUUUAUUUAGCUUUACGAUUUUUUUUCAAACUGUUUUAUUGAGUUUAUUCACAUUGUGAAUAUCUCAUUAAAGCGUGCCAUAGAUUUCUUAAUCUACCCAAAUAUGUUCCUUAUUAGCAAAAUUUUAAAAAGUAAUUUCUCAUAUUUUCUCAACAACAAGUGUUUUCAGAAUCCAUCUGUUAGGUCUAAAAUGAAUGAGAGGUGUUACUGAAUUUUAAAGUUUUAGUGAGUGAUGAUUUUCAAAUUAUAUUCAUCAAGCUAAUAUCAGUACACUCCUCAUGAUUGGACCACCAUUUGGGUCCUCGAGAUGGAUUGAUAAACAAAAUAAACAAAGUGUUCUAGUUUUUAUCAUAUAUAUAUAUUAUUUUUUAUGUUGUAUCAUUUUAUUUUAGGUAUUACCAUACCAAGUAAUUUCGCUUAAUUUACAUAUAUUCCUAUACGGAUACAAUGUGUUCAUAUAAUUAGCAGCAGGAAUAUUUUCAUCACCUAUAUGAAAAUUUAUAAUUGUAGGUCAUAACUGGUUAUUUGUGCUUUAUUGUGUGUUUCGUAAUUGUUUUUUUUAAGUACGUAAAUUAUUUAGAAACAUAAUAUCAGAAUUUUGUAAAAUAAUUAAACAUUGUUCUUGAUGACCCACAUUUAUCCAGGCAGUAUGAUUUUGAAAUUGGAUUGAAAUUCUUAAAAAUUAUAUAAAGUAAUACAUUUUUAAUUUGUUUUCUUCCUUCAAUCAAAAACUCAAAAAAAAUCCAAGCAUCCUAUUCACAAAUACAAUGAACAAAUUGUCUUACAUUAGGCAACUUGUACAAAAUUCACAUCAGUACGUGAAAGAAGAUCUGACAGACACUAUUGUCAUUUGUAAUUAGCUCAUUGUCAUUAUCAUUUAUUUUUAUUCUGAUGGUUUAGCAAUUUUUAAAGUAAUUUGAAAAAGAGAAAACGUGAUGACAGAUCACACUCAUACAUGCUAUGCAAAACAAAUGAUUUUUUAUUACCCGGGUUUUAAAUUUUCUGAGUCCCUAAGCUGUUUUUUUUUUUAUAUCUUAGAUAUAAAACGGUCUUAUUUUCUUUUACUUUUGAAACACUACACCAAAGAACCUUUUAAAUCAUUUGAUAAAUGUUAUUUUUUAUUCACUCAUUAUUUUUUAUCAAGACCGAUUUUACUUGUUGACUUUUAUCUUUGUCAAAUUAUUAUUUUCGAAUAAAAAUACUUGUAUGCGAAUAA